AUGAACGCGUUGCUGAACGUGGAGGGCGCGCGGGAGGUGGUGCGGUGGGGCUGCUUUCGCGUUUUCGCUGGAGGGGAGGGCCGGGGGUACAUCCACAAGGCGAUUCUUGACGAGAUUCAAAAACGCCACCGCGUGGAGUGCACCGGGCCGAACGCAAUCUAUACCAUUUCCAUGAUUAAAGCCCUCAACGACGCGUUCGACAUCAUGGCGCUUGAGGAGGAGCAAGAGUACGCUACGAAGGUGAACACCGGGAAACGAAAGAAAAAAAAGCGAAACGCAUCGAGUAAACUCCCUGCCCCGCCGUCGAACCAAAAUUCAAUUAUUCCGCUUUCCAUUAGGCGCCGUUCGCACAUCGAUUACACAACCUUCUGCCGUUAUUUUGAUAAGCUUCCGCAGCUCAGCGCGGCUUUUAUGCAUGUGUGGCUUCCCCUUUUAUUUACUGACCGCUUAGGGGAGCCGAAUCAUGAUACUUCCGACUUGUCUGACAACGAGGACGGAAAGGAGGAGGCGGAAGCCCUUUUUGUGGAGAACUCCCAGAGACUGCGAGACGAGCAGGCGAAAAAGAAUUCAUUGAGGUUUCCUGGAGAUCAAGAGGAAAGGUUGGGCUCUACAGGAGAGUCCCCCUUGGACGCUGAGGUGGAGGAACCCAACUCGGAGAAAGACGACGUCGUGGGGAGUGCGGAAGAGAACAUCUCGGAAGAGCUGAAUGACCCGCUGCACGGAACGUUCCAUGAGCCUUUAUGGGAAACUAAGGAAUACCCACUUCAGUUGCUUGGGGCCAACCUGGAAAUUCGUCAUGCUACCUUAAAACGGCUUGUUUAUAAAGAGUUGGAUUUAUUCCAAAAGGCUGUUGAUAUACUUGGAAAUUAUGAAGUACCACUUUAA